AUGUGUGGUAAAACUCAACGACAAGCAAAUUAUUCAGUUCCGUUAGAAGAAAAUAAUUCUAAUUUCGAUUCAAGUUGUGGUAUAUUGUUUUUUGAUGAAGGUAUCAUCGGAAAAGAAAGUUCAAGGAAAAGUGAAGAAGAAAUUAACAAAGUAUUUGAAGUAUCGAAUAGUACAUCGUUGAAUGAGACAUCAAAUGAUAAUCAAGGUGUAUCAUCAUCAACAUCCAAUUCCAUUUCGAACAAAAAAACACGUGCAACAUUAUCAACAUCCAAUUUCAUUUUGAACAGAAAAAGAGGUGCAACAUCAUCAAAUUUAAUAUUACGUAGUCAUAAAGGUUUAACAUCAUUAACAUCAAGUUCAAAAUCACAUGAGAAGAAUAGUUCAACAACAGCAUCAAAACCAAAAAUGGUAACAGGUAAUACAGAAAGUUCAUUAACAAUAUCAUCACUUUUUAUGUUCAAUGAUAAUAAAUCUUUAACAUCAGAAGCUACCUCAAUUUCAGUAUUAAAUAAAAAAGAAAGUAUCUCAUCAGAAUCAUCAACUUCAGCUAAUAAUUGUGUUUGUACAGGUCGACAGAAAAAUACAUUGGUUGGCAAAUCAACAUCUGAUCGUGAAACAAAUGAAUUUUUGAAUAUCAAUCAACCAUUGACUUACGAACAACUUCAACAUGAAAAUGAACAACUAAGAGAGAAAAUUAAUUUUUAUGAACGUCAUUGGAUGGCCAAACCUACUGGACAUGCUUUGACUUAUUUUGUUGAUAUGAGUAAAACUUUAUAUGACUAUCGAAUUGAUGAAUAUGAAAAGAAAAAAAAAGAUAAAUUAAAAAAAAUCUCUCUUACACUGAAUAUGACUUUAGAUGAAUUAGAAUCAUGCAAAGAUUCAAAACACAUUACAAUAACUUGUCGAGAAUUAGUAAAAUUUUUGUAUCCAGAUGUAAAUAAACGUUCUACAAUGAAAAUAUCAUUCAUGUCGAAAGAACAUGUUAAAGCUAUACGUGCUAGGUGUCUUAGUUAUUAA